CAUGACCAAAAAAGCACGCACCAGUGAGAUCUAUCGGUCGAUAAUGUAGCACAUAUUUGUGCAGAGACAGACGUCGGUAGGUUGGUGAAAGGCUUGCUCCUCCACUACCGCAUUUCAGCAAAGCGUCAUCACUAUUCAGCUAGCAAUAGCUUAGCCCAAUACCUCAGACAUUUUCAGCACCACCCUCUCCCCACAAGCCCUUCCUGCACCAUCAACACCACAUAACCCAACCCAUUUCUUUCCCAACUCAAACUCCAUUUCCAAUGGCUGCAGCUGCUUCCACAGGGACCGGAAGCACCCCGGUGGGGCUGCUGGUGCUCAUGGUGGCGGCAUUGGUGGUGGGGUGGUUCGUGAACGCCGUCCGUCCCCCGCCGCCGACGCCGUGCCGGACGCCCGGCGGUCCCCCGGUGACGGCGCCGAGGGUGCGGGUGCGGGACGGGCGGUACCUGGCGUACGCGGAGUCCGGGGUGAGCAGGGACAGGGCGCGGUUCAAGGUCGUGUACUCGCACGGCUUCUCCGGCGGCCGCAUGGACUCGCCCCGCGCUUCCCAGGAACUGUUGGAGCAGCUGGGCGUGUACAUGGUGGCGUUCGACCGCGCCGGGUACGGCGAGAGCGACCCGGACCCGCGCCGGUCGCUCAAGAGCGCGGCGCUGGACAUCCAGGACCUCGCCGACGCGCUCGGCCUCGGCCCCAAGUUCUACCUCAUCUGCUCCUCCCUCGGCUGCCACGCCGGCUGGGCCUCCGUCAAAUACAUCCCGCACAGGCUGGCAGGGUUGGCGAUGAUGGCGCCGGUGAUCAACUACCGGUGGUCGGGGCUGCCGAGGGGGCUGGCUCGGCAGCUGUACAGGAUGCAGCCGGUCGGUGACCAGUGGUCGCUCAGGGUCGCCUACUACGCGCCGUGGCUGCUGCACUGGUGGAUGAACCAGACCUGGCUGCCCACCUCCACCGUCAUCGACGGCUCCGCCCCCUUCCCCAACGCGCUCGACGAGAAGAACCGCGUCAUGGCCCUCUCCAACGGAAUGUUCCAGAAGAAGGCGAGGCUGGCGACGCAGCAGGGGUUGCAGGAGUCGUUCUACCGCGACAUGGCGGUGAUGUUCGGGAGGUGGCCGGAGUUCGAGCCGACCGACCUCAAGGAACCGCCGUUCCCGGUGCACCUGUUCCAGGGCGACGAGGACGGCGUCGUGCCGGUGCAGCUGCAGCGGCACAUAUGCCGCCGGGUUGGCUGGGUCCACUACCACGAGCUCUCCGGUGUGGGACACUUUUUGUCUGCAGUGCCGGGUCUCGGCGACAAGAUCGUCAGCAGGCUCCUGCCGGCGACGGCGUCCGCGUAACAUGCUCCAAGACGGCAUCUUGCGGGUAGAAGUACAUGGCAGGUCUGCCGUAGGUAAAGCAAUGCUAAAGAAAAGCACUUCUUGUGAGAAUAGGCUGAACAGCUGAGCCACUACUGUACAGUACAAAGGUACUGAAGAGAAGAAAGCAGAUCUAUUUCUAUAUAUCAUAGAGGGUUAUUUGACUCA